AAAGUCUACAACGUUUUGUGUCUUUUAUCAUUUAUGUAUGCAUCGAUAUUUAUUUCUUUUUUUGAAUCAUCAAUCAUUGUUACUACCCGUCCGAAAUAUGUCCUUCCCCUUGAGUUAAAGUUCUAUGAUUCAGGCCAGAAUACAAAGCUCAUUUGACUUCACAACUCCUCCCCUUUAGGUGGAAAUGGCUUAUCAAUACUUAUUUUUUAUCGGGCAUGACAUUAAGUCCACCUGACAAGAUAAUUAACUGAGCUUCUGUGCAAAACAUACAUAGAUAAACGCAAAAAAUUCCCCCAAUUAGCGAUAAAAACUUCCUUAAAUAGUUAGGCGAGUGCGAAAAUAAAUUCAGUUUUUAAAAAGCGACAAAGGCGAAAACAUACCAAAAAGGAUGCCAUACUACGAGGAGGAACGUCAUCAUCACCAUCACCACCACCAUGGCAGACCCAUUGUGGAGGUGGAUAUUGUACCCCCGAGGAUUCCGCGGCCAGUGAUCGAGAUCGAUGUGGGCCGCCGCUACCCUCCCCAGCCCCAGGUUGUAGAGGUCAUCCAGCCGGCCCAGGUGUACCAGCCACCGCCGCCACCAAUCGUCGAAGUGGAUGUGAUGCGCCCCAGUCGUCCUUUCAUCGAGUUCCAGAUCGGAGGUCGUCGUCCGCCCCCGACUGAGGAGGUCAUCAUUGUUCAGCAGCCUCCUCCACCCAGGUGGUAGACGUGGCCCCAGGGAUAGUUCGGAAGAGUGAACCAUCACCAAAGUCUGCAAAAGAAAUAAUUAAAAUUAUAAGUUUAAUUUAAACCAAGAAAUGUAUAUUUCCUUAAAAACAACAUAAAGUCUUGAAAAAUAUAUCCAAUUAUUUAUUAAAAA